GCAUUGGACCAUGCAUCUCGUGGCUUAGCGUCCAAGCAUGUCAGACUUGCCCGAUUACGAGAGCUCUUACGGCCGAUGAGUUUGACCGUCAUACGUGUAUCGAUUGGCUUACGACAAGCGACCUUCUCUCGGCACAUUUAUCAUGAGACAUGAGGAGUAACAUGAGACAACAACCCCGGUCAGGCAUGCCGGUCAGACCGGCCAUCCGAACUCAUAUAUACACAGCCAUCCAUUCAUCCUGCGGCCGAGCGAGUACUGUCUAGACACUUACAAUGAUCUCCUUACAGCUCACCUUGCUUGGUCUGGGCACUCUUGCCGCUUGGCUACUAUGGACUGUGCUUCAACGCCUUGUUCUGCAUGAUCUUGCCAGCGUUCCGGGUCCCACGCUUCCGGCAUUGACGAGAUGGUACGAAUGCUGGUAUGAGAUCUGGCAGCCUGGAAAGUAUCCCUUCAAGCUCAAGGAACUGCACGAGAAGUAUGGCCCGAUCCUACGUCCCGUUCCCGACGAGGUCCACAUCAACGACCCGGACUUCCUGGACACCAUCUACGCUAUACGCAACAGAAACAACCCAACGAUCCGCGGGCUGCUCGUUGAUCAGAGCGUUGGCGGAGCUGAGGACUGGCACGUUCACAAGAUGAGGAGAGAUGCUCUGAAUCCAUACUUCAGCCAAAAGUUUACCCUUUCCAUGCAAGACCUCAUGCUCCAGAAACGCGACCAAGUCAUCGAGCAAUUCUUCACAGCGUCUCGGUCCGGCCAACCCUUCAACCUCUCCGACGUCUACUUUGCUUUUUCCAACGACCUCGUCCGCAAUUUCUGCUUCGGCUCUGACAGUGACCUCCUCCACAACCUUCCCGAGGCUCAGAUCCAACGCAAGAACCUCACUCGAAUGCUCACGGGCGUGAAAGUCAACAAGCAUUUCCCUUUCGUACCACGUCUCCUUGCUAACAUUCUUCCGGUGUUCCUCGGUAACGGAGCCAUUCCACCAGCCGUCAUGGACCUCAUGCGUUUCCGCGCACGUUGCCGCGCCGACAUUGAAGCUGUGUUCAAAGAUCGCAAGAACGACAAUAAAGGCCGUCACUCCAUUUUCUAUGAGCUCCGCGAUUCGCCAUCCCUCCCGCCCGAAGAGAAGACCGUCCGCCGGCUUCAAGAUGAAGCCCAACUCCUCGUCAUGGCCGGAACCGAGUCGCUCGCCAAAUCGCUCGCUAUUGCAUCUUUCCACCUCAUCUCCAACCCGUCCACCCUCUCUACUCUCCGCGCAGAACUCAGCUCCGCUCGUCAAACCUCUCAGCACCCUGAUCAACCUGUUCCAUUGACUACCCUCCUCACCCUUCCCUACCUCAACGCCGUCAUCACGGAAGCCAACCGCCUCUCCUUCGGCGUCACCAACCGCAUAGUUCGCUAUUCUCCAACCGAAACUCUCAGCUACACCGCCUCCUCCGGUCCGCACAAAGGCACAAACUAUGUCUUCCCACCACGAACCAAGAUGUCCUGCUGCACUUACUGCACGCACACGAACCCGUCGCUCUUCCCCGACCCGCUGAAAUUUCUGCCUGAGCGUUUCCUUGGGGAGGGCGACGAAGUGGCGAAGCGCAAGAGGUGUAUGAUGGCGCUGGGCAAAGGGCAUCGCAGGUGUUUAGGCAUCAACGUCGCGAACGCUGGGAUGUGCUUGAUUGUCGCGGCGGUGGCUGAGUGGGACAUGAAGGCGUGGGAUACAGAUGAACGGGAUGUGGCUUUCUUGCACGAUUAUCAGGUGGCGCAUGGGAGGUUAGACAGCAAAGGUGUCAGGGUUGUGGUGAAA